AUGGUAUCAGAGCACGGUAGGGGCUCUUACGCUGCAGUUCUCACCGGCGAGAUGAAUCAACAAGCUCAGCCGGCAGCUUCUCCAGUCCAAACAGAAGCUUCAUCCACGAUUCCACAGAGGACAUCAGCUCGAAAUUCUAGCCUGGAGGAGAUGGCGAAUCCUCUCUUCCUCAGUUCCACAGACAAUCCGAGCACAGUGCUCGUGAAUCCUCCUUUAAUCGGCAGCUCUAAUUAUGCCGCUUGGUGUAUCUCAAUGCGAAUUGCAUUGGAAGUUAAGAACAAGUGGUCCUUCAUCGAAGGAAGCGUUCCGAUGCCGAAUCGCGAAAGUAUUGAGCACGGUGCUUGGAGACGCUGUAACUUGAUCAUCUGUUCAUGGAUAUUCAGGUCAGUGCAUCCGUCUAUUGCUGCUAGUAUUAUGCAUCUAGAUCAAGCGAAGGAAGUUUGGGAUGAUCUCAGGAAGAGAUUCUCACAGUGUGAUGCUCAAAGGAUCUCUACAUUGCAAAAUGAGAUCUAUGGACUCAAACAGAAUAAUCUCUCUGUUAAUGAGUAUUAUACAAGGUGCAAAACCUUAUGGGAGGAGAUGAAUACCUUGCGUCCACUGCCAAUCUGCAAGUGUUGCAAGUGUGAUCCUAGGUGUCCAUGUGAUCUUGUUGAGGAGAUCAGGAGAGAUCGCGACAUUGAUCGCGUUAUUCGUUUCCUUCAAGGACUCAACGAAGAUUAUGCCAACUUAAAAGCUAAUGUUCUCAUCCUUGAUCCGUUACCUGAAGUUUAUAAGGUCUUCGUCAUGGCGGAGAAACUAGAGAGGCAGAUCAACCUGGUAAAUUGGAGUACAGGAAGUCUGGAAAUGAACCAAGCCAAUGCUGUUCACACUCAGGAUUCUAAUGGCCAGGAAGCUACUGGUACGAAUGUGCACAACCAGAAUUUCAGUGGUAAUAAUGAGGUGAUAGCUGCUAUGAACUCUCAUAAUUCUUACAACUUCAAACGUAAUAAUAAUGGGAGCAAGGGAGCUAAAUGUACCUUUUGUGGUAUGAAUGGACAUACCGUUGACAAAUGUUAUAAGAAACACGGCUACCCACUAGGAUGGGUGCCGGGAUUCAAAUCUAAGGCCAAGCAAUCUAUGAAUGUUGCAACUGGAUCUAGCAGCAUAACAGACCUUGGAAUAACCUCUGAUCAAAUACAGAAGCUGAUCAGUCUCCUUCAAAACCAACCUGUCAAGCCAUCAUCUAACACCUCUGCAGCUAUCACCCUCAUUCCAGAAUUCAAGGAGGCACCUAAUGAUCAAGGCAAGUGUUCUGAAAUUAAUGUUAAUAUUAACUCCCUGUUCUUGUGUGAUACUGUUUGGACCAUUGACUCCGGGGCUACAGACCACAUAGUUUGUGCCCUUGAAUAUUUUGAUAAAUAUCAUGCUGUAUAUGAUGUUGAGGUGAAUCUGCCUACUGGUGAGGGAAUAACAGUCCAACAUAAAGGAGAUGUCAGGCUAAAUGAAGAUUUAUGGCUAAGGGAUGCCCUCCACAUACCCUCAUUCAAGUUCAAUAUCAUCUCGGUGAGUAAGUUGUUGCAGGAUUUCUGUUGUGGUCUAACUUUUAUGUCUGGAAAAUGCAUCAUUCAGGGGGCUCAUGGAAGACUCUUGGUUCAGCUAGACAAGAAAGAGGCCUUUACUUAUUACUGGAACCACCUCAGAAAUCAACAUGCCAUCAUCAAAGCUCAGCUGUCCAGUAUGAUGAUAGUAGAAUAUAGCAUCAAAGACUUGGCUAUUUCCCUAUGA